AUGGAGGUGCCCCUUCGCUGGGGUCUGGUGACCUUUGAGGAUGUGUCUGUGGAUUUCUCGGAGGAGGAGUGGGCCCUGCUGAAUCCGGGCCAAAGGGCUCUGCACAGGGAAGUCACGGAGGAGAAUUACGGGAACCUGGCCUCUCUCGGACUUGUGGUUGCCUUCACUGAUUUCCCCUCCUGGCUAGAAGGAGAAGAUCCGUUUGGGCAGGACUCUCAGCAAGGAGCGAGAGCAGCAGGUGACGAGUCCUGGCUCAACACAGACAAUGAAAUUUGUGCCAUGAAGCCAGGCAGCAUGUUCCAACAGGAGUCUGCUGCUUAUUUCCAUUCCCUCACUCCAAACUCCAGUUAUUAUGGGCUGCACAUGCCAAUAGGAACCAUGGCUGAAGGAGCUGCUUCAGGUCUGGCCAGAGUCUUUGGCCACCAAACCGGACGUGAGGGAAGGGAGCACAAGAAAAAACAACAGAACAGAAGAAAAAUCAAAGUAAAGCAAAAGCAGCUGAAGAAAUGCAUUUUAUUGAAUGGAGCCAAUAUCGAUGUAAUUGGUCUUACUGGCCAUGAGAGUAUCCAUACAGGGGAGAAACAAUAUAAAUGUUCAGAAUGUGGAAAGGACUUUAAUUAUAGAACACGACUCACUUCCCAUCAGAGAAUCCACACAGGGGAGAAGCCAUAUGAAUGCUCUGAAUGCGGAAAGUGCUUCAGAGUCAGCAAAUACUUAGUUUUACAUAAAAGAAUCCACACUGGAGAGAAACCCUAUAAAUGCUCAGAAUGUGGAAAGACUUUCACAAACAACUCAGACCUUGUUUCCCAUCAGAAAAUCCACACAGGAGAAAAACCAUAUACAUGUUCAAUAUGUGGAAAGAGCAUCAGUCGGAAAAGAUUCCUGGCUUCCCAUCAAAGGAUCCACACAGGGGAGAAGCCAUAUAAAUGUUCUGCAUGUGGAAAGUGUUUUACACAGAGCUCAGCUUUUGCUUACCAUCAAAGAACACAUACCGGAGAGAAACCAUAUAAAUGCUUAGAAUGUGGAAAGGCUUUCACGAGCAGCUCAGAACUUUCUAUCCAUCAAAGAAACCACACAGGAGAGAAACCAUAUAAAUGCUCAGAAUGUGGAAAGUGUUUCAGGCAGAUCUCAGCCCUUGCUGUCCAUCGAAGAAUCCAUACUGGAGAGAAACCACAUAAAUGCUCAGAAUGUGGAAAGGGCUUCAGAGUCAACUCAUUACUAGUUGUACAUGAAAGACUCCACACUGGGGAGUCUGUGUGUGGAAAGAGCUUCAGACAGAGCACCAACUUGGCAUCCCACCUAGCUAUCCACGCAGGAGACAACCCAUUUAAAUGCCCAGAAUGUGGAAAGGCUUUCACAAGCAGCUCGUCCCUUGCUUACCAUAAAAGAACCCAUACCGGAGAGAAACCAUAUAAAUGCUUUCAAUGUGGAAAGAGCUUUACUAUAAGUUCAGUCCUUUCUUCCCAUCAAAGAAUCCAUACAAGUGAAAAACCACAUAUAUGCUCAAAAUGUGGAAAGGCUUUCACAGUGUUGUCAGCCCUUAUUUACCAUCAAAGAAUCCAUACUGGAGAGAAACCAUAUAAAUGCUUUGAAUGUGGAAAGAGAUUCACAGUUAAGCAAUUACUAGUUUCCCAUCAAAAAUUCCACACAAGUGAGAAACCAUAUCACUGUUCUGAGUGUGGAAAAAACUUCAGUUCAGAAAAAAACCUAGCUUCCCAUCAAAGCAUCCACACAGGGGAGAAGCCAUAUAGUUGUUCUGAGUGUGGAAAGAACUUCAGAGAGCAAAGAUACCUGACUUACCAUCAAAGGAUCCAUACAGGGGAGAAACCAUAUAGAUGUUCUGAAUGUGGAAAGAGCUUCAGAGUCAGCAAAUCUCUACUAUUACAUAAAAGAAUCCACACUGGGGAGAAACCAUAUAACUGUUCAGAAUGUGGAAAGUGUUUUAGGCAGAGCUCAGCCCUUGCUAUCCAUCGAAGAAUCCAUACUGGAGAGAAGCCAUAUAAAUGCUCAGAGUGUGGAACAAGCUUCAGUAGCAGUACAGGUCUUACUUCCCAUCAAAGAAUCCACACAGGAGAGAAACCAUAUAAAUGCCCAGAAUGUGGCAAGUGUUGCAGGCAGAGCUCAACCCUUGCUAUCCAUCGAAGAAUCCAUACUGGAGAGAAGCCAUAUAAAUGCUCAGAGUGUGGAACAAGUUUCAGUAGCAGUACAAGUCUUACUUCACAUCAAAGAAUCCACACAGGAGAGAAACCAUAUAAAUGCCCAGAAUGUGGCAAGUGUUUUAGGCAGAGCUCAACCCUUGCUAUCCAUCGAAGAAUCCAUACUGGAGAGAAGCCAUAUAGAUGCUCAGAGUGUGGAACAAGUUUCAGUGGCAGUACAAGUCUUACUUCACAUCAAAGAAUCCACACAGGAGAGAAACCACAUAAAUGCCAAGAAUGCGGAAAGAGUUUUAGGACAAGUAAAAAUCUUAAGUCCCAUCAAAGAAUGCACACAGGAUAG